CCGGGGCCGGGCGCCAUGUACACCCCCGGCGGGCCGGGGCUGCCCGGCGGGCGGCGGCGGCGGGGAGCGGCGGGCGGCGGGGCCGGCGGCGGCGGCGGCGGGGGGGGGCUGCCGAAGCAACCGGAGCGGAGCCUGGCGUCGGCGCUGCCCGGGGCGCUGUCCAUCACGGCGCUGUGCACGGCGCUGGCCGAGCCCGCCUGGCUCCGCAUCCACGGCGGCACCUGCGGCCGGCAGGAGCUGGGCGUCGCCGACGUGCUGGGCUACGUGGAGCCCGAGCUGCUGCGCGAUUACUGCAUGAACCCCCAGACCGUGCUGCUGCUCCGCGUCAUCGCCGCCUUCUGCUUCCUGGGCAUCAUCUGCAGCCUCUCGGCCUUCCUGCUGGACGUCUUCGGGCCCAAGCACCCGGCGCUGAAGAUCACUCGCCGCUACGCUUUCGCCCACAUCCUCACAGUCCUGCAGUGCGCCACCGUCAUCGGGUUCUGCUACUGGGCCUCGGAGCUGAUCCUGGCGCAGCAGCAGCAGCACAAGAAGUACCACGGCUCCCAGGUCUACGUCACCUUCGCCGUCAGCUUCUACCUGGUGGCGGGGGCCGGGGGCGCCUCCAUCCUCGCCACCGCCGCCAACCUGCUGCGCCACUACCCCACCGAGGAGGAGGAGCAGGCCCUGGAGCUGCUCUCGGAGAUGGAGGAGAACGAGCCCUACCCGGCCGAGUACGAGGUGAUCAACCAGUUCCAGCCACCCCCGGCCUACACCCCCUGAGGCCGCCGCGGCUCCGGGGCGCGGCUCCGUGCCCCCCGAAACUCGCCCUCGCCCGAGGCUGCCGGUCCCGGCUGCUUCACCGUCGGGGCACCGUGCCGGCUCUCCCGUGCGAAGGACUGGUUUUAGAGUUGGAUUUAGAGACCUGGGGGGGGGGGCGGGGGGCGCGCUCCGAAGCCGCCCCCUGUUUCAGCAACCCCCGCGGUGCGGUUUUAACCCCGCACUCCGGAGCGCCGCAGCUCCCCCGAGCCCUCCUUCACCCGCGGACCGAGGGCAGGCGGCGCCGGGACGGAGCCCGCGAGCUCGGCCCCAGCCCCGCCACGGCUGCGCCGCCGGGCACGCGCGCGUGCGAGCGUCUUUGUGCGCGUGGGGAAGGCGCCGUGGGAGAGGAGGGCUCCGCAGCACCCCCACGACGGGGGCAGGCACAGCACCGCCACCGCUCCCCUCCCGCGGCCCGUGCCCGUCGCGCCCGUUCUGCACUUUACUGGCGGGGCUCGCCGCCCGCCGGGGACGCUUCGAGGACGCCGCCGUGCCCGCGGUGAGGUUGGCAGGGGGAGGCGCGGCACCAGCUGCCGGAGGAGCUGCCCCGGGAGCGACCCGCACCCCUGCGGCACCCAGCUCCGUGCGGCACCGCUCCGGGGCUGCAAACCCAAGGGAAAACACAAAAAACAAAAAACAAAUGAAAAAAAAACCAAGGUUUUUGUACGGCGCCGGCCCCGAGAAGCAGCUCCGAGGUGGGCGCCUGCGGCUGUAGGUUUUAUGCAAGUUCCCGACCUCCGGGGAAAUCGGACUGGUCUGCUUUUCGCUCCCUUUUAGUGGUUUUUUUCUGCCCCCGCUUUUAAUUAAUUAAUUAAUUCACCGCCCCGCUCCUCCGCCGGCCCCCCAGGGACGCUGCCGGGAGCCGCAUGGUGCCGAGAGUCCCGCAGCCAAACCGAGACGGCAGCCAGCAAGGAGAGCAGCCUUGGUUUGGGGCUGUUUGGGGCAAAUCGAGCGGGGAAAGCUGCGCGGGGGGGGGACGCCAGCCCGGAAAGCCCCGGGGAGCAGCGGGGGGCUCCAGGAGGAGUUUUAGGGCAGGCACGCUGCGCGAUGCUGCUCCCCUCUUCCUGACGCUUCUCCCCCUGUUCCCUGCCACCGGCUGCUUCGUCCCGCUCGCUCCUCUUCCUCCCGCACCCCACAGCAGAUUCAGCCGCCCGCUGGGGCUCAGGAUGUGAGCGGGGUGGCUCCGUCACAGCCCCAAAACCAUCGGGGUUUUGGUCCGGGCACCGGCAGCGCGAUCUGAAGGGUUCAGCACGGCCCCGGCGCGGUUCUUCCCGUCCCUCCACCCCGCUGCUGCCCCCUCGGCCAAAAAAAAAAAAUCAGGUCUGGGGAUGUUGGGGCGUCCGGAAAAUGAUUUGGGUUUCCACCCCCCCCCCCCGGCGCCUCUAUGCAAGAGAGGGCUCGUCUGUAAAUAGUCUUGUGCAUAAACACUGUAUUUCUGUAAAAACCCCAAAAAAGGAAAAGGGCGUGACGCCCCCGCCCUACUAACAAAUGUAGCCCCAGGAGGUCGGGGCAGGACACCGGGAGGUCCCCGAGGCGUUGGGGUGGGGGGUCGGGGGGGCCACGUGUCCCCCCCUCUGUCACCAUCCCCGUGUCCCCCACGUACCGCGCCUCGGCCCCCUCCCGCGCCCCGCCCUUUUCCAGAGGAAUAAACCCGUGUACAGAG